AACCAGUCCGACGUUACCUCUGCAGAGGAAAACGCAAUGGAUCCCUGAUCGCUUUCCUUUCUAUCUCCCUCUACCCCUGGAAAACAAAACUCGUAUCCAAAAUAUUGCUUUAUCUCCUAUUUAUCUGAGGCGUUACAGGGCGGUGCAACAAUGUGGAUCCAGGUUCGCACGAUAGACGGGAAGGAGACGCGAACCGUUGAGGAUCUUUCUAGAUUGACCAAAAUUGAGUCUUUACGUUUGAAAAUACAGGAGAUCUUCAGUGUAAACCCACAGCAGCAGCGUCUGUUCUACCGAGGAAAGCAGAUGGAAGAUGGCCAUACCCUGUAUGACUAUAACGUGGGACUGAAUGACAUCGUGCAGCUGCUGAUCCGCUCGCAGACCGACCCUCCGGACAGCCCCGCCACCAAGGACUCCUCCGGAAUGGCCUGUAGUUCAGCCCCCCCCACUGACUGCAGGUCGGAAAGCCACAACUCCCCAGCUCCCGGCUCCCCCGCUGCUAUGGAAACCUCCCCCAAUAUAGACAAUGACCGCAGCAGCGUCACUACCAGCACUGUUAACGAAACCAAGCCGGACACCAGCGCUACCAGUCACUCAGCCUGUACCAAAAGUGUGUUCAAGACCCCGAGUCCAGCAUGGUACAUUCAGCCCCCCACAUCCAGCAGAAACACACUAGUGGACGCGGGAAUCGGUGUGUACAAGAUUCACGAGCUGGUGGACUGUAGAGACAUCAGCAUCGGUGCCUGGUUUGAGGCCUGCGUCGAAAACGUGACAUGGCCUCCCAAAGGACAGAUACCGCCCACCAAGGGCAAGGUGGGCCGGCCCCCAAAAAGGACUAAUGGAAAGCUGGAGGCCGAGCAGGGACAGGCCCACGGCCAGGGCCAAACCACAGACAGUAACAGGAAUAAUGUUGAGCUAAGCUCUGAGAGUAACGGAGCCUCCACCUCGCAGACAGACUCUACAGCAGCUUCAGAGACCAAGGAGAAAGAAGAGGAUGUAUUGUACCACAUUAAAUAUGACGACUACCCAGAGAACGGGGUGGUGGAGAUACGGCCGGUGGAUGUGCGACCCCGUGCCAGGACUCUGCUGCGGUGGGACCAGCUGCAGGUGGGCAUGCGGGUGAUGGUCAACUACAACAUGGAGACGCCAGAGGAGAGGGGCUUCUGGUUUGAUGCCGAGGUUCAGGCCCUUAACCAACCCUCCCGCACCAACAAAGAGCUCCGAGUCAAGAUCCUCCUGGGGGGUUCUGGAGAUAUAAUUGGGGAUUGUAAAGUUCAUUUUCUGGAUGAAAUCUACCAGUUGGAGAGACCAGGAGCUCCUGCACUCUCAGCUUCAGACGGACAAUUUAAACGGAAGAGUGGGCCAGAGUGUAAGCACUGCAAGGCUGACCCUGAGGCAGAGUGUCGCUUCUGCUCCUGCUGUGUGUGCGGCGGGAAGCAGGAUGCUCACAUGCAGCUGCUGUGUGACGAGUGCAACAUGGCGUUCCACAUCUACUGCCUCAACCCGCCGCUGGGCACCAUCCCAGAUGACGAGGACUGGUACUGUCCCACCUGUAAGAACGACACCAGUGAGGUUGUUAAGGCAGGCGAGAAGCUCAAAGCCAGCAAGAAAAAAGCAAAGAUGCCUUCGGCGACAACUGAAAGUCAAAGGGACUGGGGAAAGGGUAUGGCCUGUGUGGGGCGUACUAAGGAGUGCACAAUUGUUCCUUCAAACCAUUAUGGACCCAUACCUGGUGUUCCUGUUGGAACCACCUGGAAAUUCAGAGUUCAGGUGAGUGAGGCAGGUGUUCACAGGCCGCAUGUUGGUGGUAUCCAUGGGCGCAGUAACGAUGGUUCCUAUUCGCUUGUGUUGGCUGGGGGCUUUGAGGAUGAAGUGGAUCGGGGGGAUGAGUUCACCUACACCGGCAGCGGGGGUCGUGACCUCUCAGGCAACAAACGGAUUGGAGAGCACUCUUUUGACCAGACCCUGACCCACAUGAACAGGGCGUUGGCUGCAAACUGUGAUGCACCGCUGAACGACAAAGACGGGGCAGAGUCCAGGAACUGGCGGGCCGGAAAGCCGGUGAGAGUGGUGCGCAGUUCUAAAGGUCGACGCAUCAGCAAAUACGCUCCUGAGGAGGGAAACCGCUACGAUGGUAUUUACAAGGUGGUAAAAUACUGGCCAGAGAUUGGAAAGUGUGGUUACCUGGUAUGGCGGUACCUGCUGAGACGGGACGAUCUGGAACCAGCACCGUGGUCACCUGAAGGACUGGAGAGGAUCACAAAACUGGGCCUUGCUGUUCAGUACCCGCCCGGCUACUUGUCUGCCAUGGCUAACAAAACAAAGAAGGAGGCCUGUGCCAGACCCGGUCGCGGCGGCCGGGGGAAGCACUAUCCCGGGAGGGGGAGACCACGGAGACGUAAGAUCAAGGAGAAAGAAGAGAAUGAUGACGAUGAGGAGUACGGAAAGCCAAUUGCCAGUACGGAUGAAGAGGAGCCACAGAGUAAUGGAGAGAAGAAGACAACCAGAGAAAUUGAAUCAUCACCAGCGGCAGAGCCUCUCUCUAAGAGGGUGAAGAUGGAGGAGAUUUUCCAGCUGUCUGAGCAGCAGAAGCAGUUCAUCCGGGAGGACACAGCCAACAAGAAGAACUGGGAUGAAGCCAUGGAAUACCUUACAGAGGGACCGAAUUUCCUGAAGAAGAUGGAGCAGAUCUUCAUGUGUGUGUGCUGCCAGGAGCUGGCUUUCCAACCCAUCACCACUGUCUGCGCACACAAUGUUUGCAAGACUUGUCUACAGCGGUCGUUCAGAGCGCAGGUGUACACCUGCCCCUCCUGCCGUCAAGACUUGGGCACAGACUACGUGAUGACCCAAAACUCGACGCUUCAGGUGCUGCUCGACCAGUUCUUUCCCGGCUACAGCAAGGGCCGAUGAGGACAACAUCAACUUUAUAAGUAGAAUACGUACAUACGCGCACAUAAGCAUCCAUUCUGUGCGCCUGUGUACAAAUACCUAGAGCUCCACUUUAAAUGCAUUACGCACACAUACUGUACUUUCCCACGGGCAAAUGUAUAUUGCAUAUACAGCCAUUUAAUGUACACAAUCAUUCAUACACAAACAACCUCACUAGGGCCUGACCUCAUCUGUUAAACCUGGACUGUCUCCAUUAACAUCACCAGCCUGAAAUUCAAAAGGACAUUUUAUAAGCUCCCUACUCUAGCCCCAUACACGCACAAAAGGAGCCUAAAUUCAAACCCACUAGCCACCUCAAGAUAUAGUUCCCUUGUUUCCCCCUCCACUGUGUUUACUCAUAUGUUGACAUACAGGACAAUGUUUGAGUGCAAAUUUCUCCCCGGCAAUAUUAUGUGAUCGUUCCUUCUUCUCCUGCCAACCUGUAUGCAAUUGUGUACCAUGUAAGCAAAAUACUGAGCUGCUUCAAAUAUUUGCAGUAUUUUAGGCAGCUGGCAAAUAAAGGUGCUAGUUAGAUGCAGAGAUAAAGGCACAGCAGGAAAUAACACCCACUGCCCUACAUUCAGAAUCAGCAAGAAGGUUACAUGACCAGUUGGCAAGGUGAAAUUAACUAGUAUUUCUAUAUAAAAUAGAAGCACGCAAUGUUUAAUGCCUUUUGAAGCACUUCAUCCAUGACAUGACUUAUUUUGUAGGUUAACCAGGAGCAUGUGUUAGCAAUCCGUUAACUGCUCCUAUCACUUGGAAAAAUGCCAUUAUAAAAUGUCUUGCCAGAGCAGAAAUUUGGCAGCAGUGUCCGGUUUGUUUGGAGCGUCCGGAGAUUUCUGGGUUAAAAAAAGAGCAUCCUCGUAACACUGAUCAACAGGCACAACUGUCAGAUUUAAUAAGUAGAAAUAAAAGGCAUUAAGUUCAUAAACAUACCAAAGACAUCAGGCGCUAGAGCAGUUCAGAGGCAAAUAUCUGCAGAACCGGACAAAAAGUCAUUUCUAAUGAGGAAUCACACCUGAAAAGAAAACACACUUAUCUCAAACAUGACCUUACCAAUUCUUCCUCUAGAAAGGCACUGUGUUCCAUUUCCAAGCAGCUUAAAAUAAAUGUGCAAGCCAGACAAACAUGUUACUAGAUCUCUCUCAUAAGUGCUGUUGAAACCUCUAACACUAUUGAAAUGAUGCAUUAAACAUUUAUAUUAAGACAUUUAUAAAAUGUACUCUCAUUCAUAGCUACACCUUUUCAGACUGAACUGUCCUUCUACAUUACGUGAUGUAGUGGAAAUCAAAGACUAGCAGGCUUCGCACCUGAAGAGCUUGAAAGUGUGAGUUGCACUGCAGUUGUUAUUUUGAACGACGCCUCGAAGGGCACACUGGUUGUCCCCGGUGUUACCAAGCAACCAUAAUCAACCAGGACUUCACACAAAGACGGUUAGCAUAUGUUGUGCUCAGCAGAUAUUCAUCUGCUAUUGUUCUCUCUGUUAGAUUGAGUAUAAUCUCUGGAGAGCUCUGGAUAUCCAACUCAAUCUGCUUCUGCUUAAUUUUGUUCAAAUGUAGUCUUAUUAGGGAUUGCACAGCCAGGAUGAUGUGAGUUAAUUGUUGUCUCAUUACAUGCAGAAAAUGGAUUUCUAUUCCCUGACAAAGAGGAAUCAAUAUGAUCCUUAUGUAGAUUCCAUAGGUAGAUGCACAUCAUCAGAGUCUCAGAGGCCAAAAUGUGCAGUCAUCCCAGUAUACAGAAUGUAAGAUAGACAGAAAUACACUGUGCGACCAGUCUGAUAUUGUCAAUAUGAUAUAUUGUUAUGUAGUCCAGACACAAGGAAAAGAGUGCCUUUUACACUAAAACUGUUGAGUACUGAAAUCUGCAUUCAAUGACUGGUCAGUUUUCUAAUGUUGCUUACUUAUUCCAUGCUGAUUUAAAAUUCUACAUUUAGACCAUUAUAUUUUGGCCAAGUUGUACUAUGUUUUAUUGUGUUAAGGUAACAUUUAACAGUUUAAAUGUCAUUCUUGUAAAAGUAUCAAAUGGGUUUAUGUUCUGUGCUGGGGCUAAGGAUCAGUUAAUCAUUUUCAAUAGUGAGAGCUUUUCAACAGCAUUACACAGUGGUUGUUUUAUAAAAACAAUAUUGAAUGUUACAAUAAGUAUGUGUUUCAAUCCACAUUCAACAUACAAUUGAAUAAUAAUACAAUAAUUUCAACAAUUUCCCAAUUUGGGAUCAAUAAAGUUCUAUCUAUCUAUCUAAUAAGAGUCAGAGAUUUGAAUCAAAAAUGGGGAAAGAACGGAACAACGGAAAUGUUUGAGAGUUAGUGAUCAGAUGUGAUUUUUGUACGUAGAUACUAAAUACUUAAAUACAGAGACCCACUUUUUGCAACAGACAGUUGGUUCCAGAUAGAUAAAAGUAAUAUCUUGUCAGGGUAUGGUUUCUUUUUUAUUUGAUUUAUGAGUUUUCUGGCUACAUUAGAUGGACAGAGGUGAAUUUGUUGUACAGGAAACAGUGUGCACUCAUAGUGUAACUCAAAAACAGAACAAAUCUUCAGGUCUAAUUUACCAUGAUCCAAGACUGAACACGUAUAUCAGCAUUGACAUAUUUUAUUUACCUUCUGCUCCAUAUUACCACAUGGUAAUAUGUAACAGCUGGAUAGAUGGAAGUGUAUUCCUAUGGAGCCAUGAACACAUGCUCCAUUAUUGAAUCUUCACAUUUCCAUCUGACACACCAAUACUUAUAUUUUGCGUACAUCAUAUACAUAUUCCUAUCUUGAGCAGCUGACAGAUUAGCAUCCUUUCCGUUGCUGAUAUGGUACUUUAAAUGUCUCAGGUUGGCAGGUUUGAUAGGAACUAGAACUAAAAACACCCCUGGAGUGCUGAAUUUCAGAUAAUGCACCCAAAAUAGUUUGAACACUUGGUUUUGUGGGGAAACGUAGCCCUCGUUCAUUGAUAUCAUCACGCUCACCGGUAACAGCCUUCGAGGCAGAGCCAUGUUUAGUGUAGAGCUGAGAGAAAUAUCACGCUGCUGUACACAUCCGUUUCUUACUGCUCUGUCCACGUUCAGAUCCCUUUUCAUUGGCCGGCUGUUUGUUCGUUUGUGGUGAUGUUCUUGUUUCUGUUCAAUCAUUCAGGAUUUUUUUUCUAUUAACAACACGCAAGUACAAAUGCUACUAUGGUCUUUAAAGCUAACUGUGAUGUGCAUUACUUCAACUGUGGCUCAAUCUUGUUCAAAGAUUAUUUUCUCCCUGCAUUGACUGGCGAGCUCUUAGCCCCGGUUUCUUUCUCUACUGUGACCUUCUCUUCUCCUCCUCUCUGUCCGUUGUCCUCUGCCCUCCGUGAACCUACAGUACUAACACUUUUUAGACGUCUUGUGGACGCUUGGCUUCAGUGCUGUGUUUUAAUUUUUAUUGCACUCUAUUGAAAAAAAAGUUUAAAAAGUUGCAUUUAAUUUUCUUAGAAUGCUUACUAUUAUAUGUCUGUACACCAUUUUUCUACUGUUUUAGUUGCUUCUCUUCUACUUUAAUCAUUAGUCAUUUUUAUGUGGCGACCUCAAACAUAUGCCAGUCUGAGGAGAUUCAUUGCUUCAUAUUGUGAUCUGAAAUUUUAUACAUGUCAUAAUAAUACUUGAUAUGUACCUAUUAAAUAUUUGGAUUCCAGAAAAACGAA